AUGACUUUUCCAGUCCUUCCCUAUGUCUCGUCGCCCCUGGACGUAGACGAAUUCGCCGUCACCGGCAAAGCCCUUUUGCCAUUUGAGUCGUUCAAAAUCGAAAAGCAUGCCCUCAACGGCUACCCACACUCUUUGGAGGUGAACAUCGAUGUCACCCAAUCGAAGGUCUCUGUAGAUGACAUCGUGGCCUUGCUCAAUGUAGGUGUAAGUAAAGUGUUCGCCACCGAAGCCCAAUUCGCCGAGGCCUCCGAGGCUGGCUUGCCUUCGUCCAGAUUUGCAAUCGAGUAUGCUUCUGGUUCCAAUACUGUAUUCUCCAAGGCUUCGGUCGUGGUGACCGAGAAGCUCAGCGACGAGCAAUUCAAGCAAGUUAGCGACAACGAAAACAAGCCGGUGUACUUUAGAAACACCGUGACCCAGCAACAGGCCGAGGAGUUGGCUGGCGCCGGCUACGUUCUUGUCCUUCCUAGCACAGAGCUCUCGAAGAGUGAGUCGUCCUCUAAGAUCUGCAUUGGCGACGUCUUUGUCUCCACCUUGACCACCGACAGACCCGAUGGUCUCUAUACCACUUUGAUCACCACUCCUGCUCCCGCACACACAGCAUUGGGCGUAGUGUACCUGUCCAAGGCUUCCAUCAAGGCAGCCAUUGUCAGCAACGAGGGUGUCUACCAAUCGCGCAAGAGACCCGAGGAGUUGUGGUAUAAGGGAAAAACCUCUGGCGCCACCCAGAAGCUCGUCAAGCUCGAAAGAGACUGCGACAGCGACUUGAUUAAAUUCGUAGUUGAACCUAGAACAGGCUAUGGCUUCUGCCACCUCUCCAACCACUUCACAUGCUUCCAAGAUGGCGAUUUGUUGGAGAGCAAAGACACUUUUGGCAGUGGUAUGUCCAGAUUGGACAACACAUUGGCUGACAGAGUCACCAAUGCACCAGCUGGUCUGUACACCAAACGUUUGUUCGACGACGACAAGCUUCUAGUCGCCAAGAUGAAGGAAGAACUCGACGAAUUGAUCGAGGCCGGUGAGAAGAAGGACAAGGAUGAGGUUGCCUGGGAGGCCGCCGACUUGUUGUAUUUUGCCAUGGCUUACUGCGUCAAGAAUGGUGUUCGCUUGGCUGAUGUCGAGAGAAACUUGGAUAUCAAGAGCCUCAAAGUCACUAGAAGAAAGGGCGAUGCUAAACCCCAAUACACAGAGCAACAAGCACCUGCUUCGCAACUUAAGCCUUACCAGAUGGAAGUCAUCGAGGCCUCCGCUGCUAAUUCCGACGACAUUGAGCGUGCAUUGACUAGACCUGUCCAAAAGACUGCUGACAUUAUGAAGUUGGUUCUUCCAAUUAUCAAGCAGGUUCAACAAUACGGCGAUGAUGCCUUAAUCGAGCUCACUGCCAAGUUUGAUGGUGUUUCAUUGUCCUCUCCUGUCUUGAACGCUCCAUUCCCACCCGAACUCAUGGAGAUCUCUGACGAUAUGAAGGCCGCAAUUGACCUUUCCAUGAGCAAUAUCGAGAAGUUCCACAGAGCUCAACUUCCAACCGAGGAGGUCAUGACCGUGGAGACUGCCCCUGGUGUCUUCUGCUCUCGUUUUGCUAAGCCUAUCGAGAAUGUUGGUUUGUACGUCCCAGGUGGUACCGCUGUUCUUCCCUCCACUGCUAUGAUGCUUGGUGUCCCUGCCCAAGUUGCUGGCUGUAAGAACAUCGUCAUUGCCUCUCCCCCAGCCCGUGCUACUGGUAAAUUGACUCCUGAAGUUGUUUAUGUGGCACACAAGUUGGGAGCCAGUUCUAUCGUUAUGGCUGGUGGUGCACAAGCUGUCACUGCCAUGGCAUAUGGAACUAAAUCUGUUGUGAAGUGUGACAAGAUUUUGGGCCCAGGUAACCAAUUUGUUACUGCUGCUAAGAUGUACGUGCAAAAUGAUACCCAAGCUUUGUGCUCUAUUGACAUGCCGGCUGGUCCCUCAGAAGUCUUGGUUAUUGCAGAUGAAAAUGCAGAUGCAGACUUUGUUGCCAGUGAUUUGCUUUCUCAAGCUGAGCACGGUAUCGACUCUCAGGUCAUCUUGAUUGGUGUCAAGCUCUCACAGGAGAAGCUCCAAAGUUUCGAAGAUGCUGUUCGCAGACAAGCCGAAGUUUUACCCAGAAAGGAGAUUGUUGCAAAGUGUUUAGCACACUCAUACACUCUUUUGGUCAACACAUAUGAUGAAGCCUUUGAUUUGAGUAACCAAUACGCCCCAGAGCACUUGAUUCUUCAGAUCGAUGAUGCCGAGUCUUAUGUUCCAUCCAAGAUCGAGAAUGCCGGAUCUGUCUUCGUGGGUGCUCUCUCGCCAGAAUCCUGUGGUGACUACUCGAGUGGAACUAACCACACCUUGCCAACCUAUGGUUACGCUAGACAAUAUUCUGGUGUCAACACUGCUACUUUCCAAAAGUUCAUUACCUCGCAGAAUGUGACAGAGGAGGGUUUGAAGAGCAUUGGAAAGGCUGUGAUGACUUUGGCCGCUGUCGAGGGUCUCGAGGCUCACAGAAAUGCAGUUCAAGUUAGAAUGGACAAACUUGAGUUGCACUGA